GAUCAUGGUACUACCCGACCCUGCAGCCAGAUAUGAUUUCAAAAUCGUGUACAUAAACACCACGACUUUGCAAUUGUUGACAUUCCGGUGAUUUUCCUCCUGCUUAGGUGAAGAACUCCAUUCGGCUAAGAACCGGUACCCGAGCGAGUACCUGAACGCAUCCGCUGGUACUCAGUUCGCUAAGCGUCCGGACGAGUUCUAAUUUUGCAGCUAAAUUUCGCUAAUUGCACGCCGAUUAGAUUUGAUGUGUAUUUGGUGAAAUAUUCUCAUGAUGGAAUUGGACGCGCUUAGUCGAAACGUGAGAGUCAAUGAUGAUUUCGAGCACAUCGAAUUUCAAAAUGUGACCUACGAGAGGAAAGUCAAAAAAGCCGUUAAGAAGAUCAUAGAUGGAGUUUCCGGAAAAUUCUAUUCUGGCCAAUUGUCGGCGAUUAUGGGUCCAUCCGGGGCAGGAAAGACCUCCUUGCUCAACAUUCUCACCGGCUAUCAGGUAACGGGAAUUUCGGGCACGAUAAAGUGCAGCAGCCCUACCAAAAGCAAAUCCGGCCAUCUGGAGUACACGAAAAAAUCCUGCUACAUCCUGCAGGACGACAAUUUGCCCAAUCUCUUCACCGUGUACGAAUGCAUGAUGAUGGCUUGCAACCUGAAAAUAGCGAAUCUCACCAGCAAGUCUAAGGAAUUUUUGAUAAACGAUAUACUGAAUAAUUUAAGCUUGAACAAAGCGAAAAAUACGAGAGUACAAAGCUUAUCAGGCGGACAAAAAAAGAGGCUUUCAGUGGCUUUGGAAUUGAUAGAUAAUCCCCCUAUUAUGUUUCUGGAUGAACCCACCACUGGUUUAGACAGCUCCUCGACAAGGCAAUGCGUAGAAAUGUUGAAAAAACUGGCCCUCGGCGGAAGGAUAAUCAUCUGUACGAUACAUCAGCCUAACGCAAAAUUAUACGAAAUGUUUGAUCAGAUCUACAUGAUGGCGAAGGGCCGGUGCGUUUUCCAAGGAGCCAGCACGAAUACGGUUCCGUUUUUGUCCUCUGUUGGUUUAAAUUGUCCCCAAUACCACAAUCCCGCGGAUUUCAUUAUGGAAGUUGUUAGCGGUGAAUACGGAGAUUACACAGAUACUUUAGAGAAAGCUGCGCAGGAGGAUAAGUGGAAAUACGUUCCUACAAUUCGAAUGAAGGAUACGAGAGAUAGAAUCCAUGACGAUAUUGUGUACAUAGAUCAAAUCAAUAACACCGUUGAUACACCGUCGGAAUGGAGUAGAUUUUUAAUAUUAUUGAAAAGGGGCGCGGUACAAUUGUAUAGAGACUGGACGAUAUCGCAACUGAAGCUGGUACUUCACCUGCUCAUCGGCUUGUUUUUGGGCGUCACAUUUCAAAAUUGCGGCCGGGACGCUGCCAAAGUCUUCAGCAAUUUGGGUUUUUUGUUGUGCAGUCUAGUCUAUCUAAGUUAUACGUCUAUGUUACCGGCAGUAUUAAAGUUUCCAACGGAAUUAUCCAUUUUAAAGAAAGAAAACUUCAACAAUUGGUACAAACUGACGACCUAUUACGCCGCGUUUAUGAUAUUCGAUAUACCCCAGCAGGUAUUGUUUAGCUUCGUCUAUUGCGUAUCGUCGUACUUUAUCAGCGACCAGCCGAUGGAGUUGAUUCGGUUUCUUCGAGUAUUCCUCAUACUUAUAAUGGCGUGCCUAUCGGCGUCCGGUUUCGGUUUGAUUUUAGGCACUCUGACCGAUCCUAUCAACGGGAUUUUCUUCGGAGCCGUUACAUUGGCUAUGAUGCUGUGCGUGGGGGGAUUUUUGAUCAUCUUCACCCACAUGUCGAGCGUGAUGUAUUUAUUAACUUAUGUGUCGUUUAUAAGUUUCUCUCUAGAAGGUCUAAUGCAAGCAGUGUACGGGUACCACAGGGGGCCGUUGUUUUGCUCGGAGGACGAAGAUUAUUGCCAAUAUCUCUCGCCCGAAAUGGUGCUUAAAGAUAUGGGAAUGAGUAAACAAAAUUAUUGGGUGGAUAUCGCUUAUCUCUGCGGCACUUUCAUCCUGUUCAGGUCCAUAGCGUUCUGUACUUUAAGGAAAAGAUUAGCAAAAACGUAAUUCUCCUUAGGAAUUAGUUAUUGGAGUAACCAAUGCUGAUUUGCAGACGUUAUAUUUAAAUGUUAAAUUUUGGGAUUUGUGUCAUCUUAAUUUAAAUGUUAGUUGUACAUAUUUUUAUCUUUGAUACACCCGAAGAGGUUUGUAAAGGAGUAGGUUUUUUAUGAAUUUACGUUAUUAGAUAUUGUGUGUGUACUUACAUGCUUACUAUUCACGCUGCAUUACCAGUGAAUUUUGUAACGAGCUAGAAAUAUUUGUAAAGAUUCGUGUAAAAUAGUUGUUAUAUCGGUUUACUUAUUUAUUAGUGUAGCUAAUUUAUAAACAUAAAAUAAUGCAAUUUAUUUUAUCACUUCUUGAACGAUUAAUAAAAAUGCAGUGUACCUAUUUGCUUGUACCAUGAAACUAUUUUAUUUAUUAAAAUGCCGCAAUAUUGAACUACAAUAGACAACAAGGCAUCGAAUCCCUUUUUUUAUAUCAUUGAACCACUAUUAUGUAUUUAUUGUUUUCUAGUAUGUGAUAAAAAAGUUGACGGAUAUUUGUGAUACUGC